AUGCUGAGUAAUUUGAAAGCAGUAGACCAAAAGGUCAGGUCUCAACCUGUCCCCUUGUUCUUACUCACCUUUCAUACACUGACCAAAGUGCACUCCCAGAGUGGGCAGAUCGUCCUUAUAAAGCAGGUCAUUCAGGUCCUGCAGCCACUUCAGCUCAGUCUGAUCCAGUCCACCAUGUUUGCUACAAUCAUUCUCCUGUCACUCUGCGUGUGCUUCAUCAUCCUUCAACUCCAAUCCCGAAGGCCCGAGAACUUUCCUCCAGGACCUCCUGCUUUGCCACUACUGGGAAAUCUGUUGAACCUGAACCUUGAGAACCCUCUGAAGGACCUUGAGAGGCUGAGGAAGUCGUACGGUAAUGUCUACAGCCUGUUCAUUGGCCCCAACCGAACUGUGGUUAUCAAUGGAGUGGAAGCCCUGAAAGAAGCUCUGGUGAACAAGGCUCAUGAUUUCUCUGGACGACCUCAGGACAUGUUUAUUAAUGAUGUCAGCCACAGGAAAGGAGUAAUUGUGGUAGAUUACGGCCCUCGAUGGAAGGAACAUCGUCGCUUUGCCCUGAUGACCCUGAGGAACUUUGGUCUGGGGAAAAACACCAUGGAGGACAGGAUUCAUGGAGAGAUACAACACAUCAUCAAAACCCUGGAGAAGAACAUCGGCAAAAAGCUGAGUCCUCAGGUUAUGUUCCAUUAUGCAGCCAAUAACAUCAUCUGCCAAGUUCUGUUUGGGACACGUUACGAGUAUGAUGAUGAGUUCAUCAAAGAAACUGUCCGCUGCUUCACACAAAUUGCGAAGACAAUCAAUGGUCCAUGGGCUAUGUUGUAUGAUUCGCUUCCAUUUAUUCGCAGCCUGCCGCUGCCCUUUACUAAAGCCUUUAGGAAUAUGGAGACUGUAAGGACACUUGCAAAAAAAUUAAUAAGUGAGCACAAGAAGAGCCGAGUCCCUGGAGAGCCUCGAGACUUUUUAGACUGCUAUCUGGAUGAACUGGAAAAGAGAGACAGUGAGAAGACUACAUUCUCAGAAGAACAACUGAUUAUGUACGCGAUAGAUCUUCAGUUUGCUGGGACUGACACUACCUCCAACACCCUGCUCACUGGCUUCCUCUACCUCAUCACCCACCCAGACAUACAAGAGCGUUGUCAACAGGAGAUAGAUCAGGUGAUGGAAGGGAAGGAUCAGAUCUGCUUUGAUGACAGGCACAACAUGCCUUUCACACAGGCUGUGCUCCAUGAAGUACAGAGGGUAGCCAACACUGUUCCACUCAGUGUUUUUCAUUGUACAACUACAGACACAGAUCUGAUGGGAUACUCCAUUCCCAAGGGUACUGUGAUUAUUCCAAACCUCUCAUCACUGCUGAAUGAACAAGGACAAUGGAAAUUCCCAAAUGACUUCAACCCUAAAAACUUCCUCAACAACAAGGGCGAGUUUGUUAAACCUGAGGCCUUCAUGCCUUUCUCUGCAGGUCCUCGUACAUGUCUGGGAGAGGGUUUGGCUCGUAUGGAGCUCUUCCUCAUCAUGGUGACUCUGCUGAAGAAGUUCAAGUUCAUAUGGCCUGAAGAUGCCGGAGAACCAGACUACACCCUAGUGUAUGGGGUCACUCAAACUCCCAAACCUUACUACAUGAAGAUCCAACUCAGAUAGAUUCAGUAAGAACACGCAAGAGAGAGAAACUCAAAGCAAUACAUGUAUAUUUCACCACAUAAACCAUGUAGACAGCCAUACACAUGAUGAUCACAUAACACCACCUUUGUACAUUGUUUCAAAAUGGGAUUUGUUGUUUUAAACAUUGCCCAUGAUUUGCCCCUUACACUUUCUACACCUUGCUAUAAUUCUUUCUUUUUGACAUGUGUCAAUAAAACAAGAUAAUUACC